ACACGGAGGGUUGAUCAAUAUUAAGGAAGACGGAUUAUUCUUUUGUCAUAGAUGUUGCAUCGAGGAUGGUCAGUCGUUGCACGCAUGCUGGCCUAUCCCUAAAUUUUGACGGAAUUUGAUUUGAUCAAUUAUGAACCUUGUUUAUUCUGCAAUACAUGAGUUAUGAGAGAAGAUCUAACUGAUUAUUGCAGAGGUUCAUGUCUGAGUUGAAAGUCUUGCAGGGAUCAGGAUCAGGAACCACCACACCCAAGGAAUCCCCGGUGCUUCCUUUAUUGAUACUCUUCCAGGGAGUAUGGUCCCUUCACGUGCUUCCCUUUAUUCAUACUUUGCUGGGGAAAGGUAGCACAGUUCCUAGCGCAGUUUCUCAGGCCCCACUGAUCGGGGAAGAUCUUACUGGUUCUCGUCCUUAGCACGGUUUCUCAGGC